AUGACAUGGCAGAAGCACUUGGAAUUUGUUCUUUGUGCCUUGAAUUCUCGUCAGAGGACUAUUGGCAAAGGUCAGUCUUGUCGAGCAAGAAAAGCUUUAACGGAUUUGGCACUUGUAAUGUUAGAUGAGAAGGAAACAGGUCUUUUGGGCGUCACAACACAAGCCAGGAUCACCACCAUCGCCAACUGGCCAUUCACAUUCUCUCUCUUGGAGCCUAUCACGUUUUUGGUCUGCAGCCAAACAGCUCAAUCUAUUUCCAACAAUUUGGUCCCUCUGUGCGGGAAUGAGAUUGCUGCUACCAACAAUGGUUGCCACGAUCCUGACAAGGGAUCGCGGACUCCAAAUGCACUUACCAUUCUGCGGCAGUAUUCAUGGGGGAGUCUGUUGCUUUUGAUUCAUGAUCGGUUUAUGGACAAGUCUAAGAAGCACGAGCGUCAAAAUUCCAAUGGGUUGUUGAAGGAGAUUUUAUCAGAUGGAGAUAUGCAUUCGUCAGAUGACAUACUUGGUGCACUUAGAGAUGGUGUCCAUGCAAUUUAA